UUUCUUUUUGACGAGCUCUCAUCGAACGACAAAACCAUCAUUCUUUUGUGGUUCGCUCGCCGGGAUAUUUUGUUUCUCAGUUUGUUCCCUCCGCUGUGCGGAAAAUUAGCCACUCAAUAUGCGGUGGUCUCUUUCCUCCCUCUUUCUGUUUGGCUUCUUGGCUGUUGUACAUGCGCUCAGUAGUUCGGGGAACCGUCUGCUCGUUGUUUUGGAGGAUGGAUCGGAGAAGGAUCUUUACUCUACUUUCUGGAGUGAUCUAGAAGCUCGUGGAUAUGACCUCGUCUUCGAAUCUCCCAAGAGUGACAAGCUCUCCCUCUUCGACCUCGGCGAGAGGGCUUACGACCACCUUCUUCUCCUGCCUCCUAGGUCCAAAGGAUUCGGACCUUCUUUGAGCCCCAAGAACAUCGUCGACUUUAUGAACAAGGACGGUAACGUCCUCCUCGCGCUCUCGGGCAAGUCCACCACUCCCAGCGCCGUCAGCUCGCUGCUUCUGGAACUCGAUCUUCACCUCGCUACCGACCGUUCGUCUGUCGUUGUCGACCACUUCAACUACGACACCCUGUCCGCGGCCGAAAAGCACGAUGUCCUUCUCCUCCAGCGCCCCGGCCCAUUGAGACCCGAUUCCAAGGCUUUCUUUGACGGAGGGGGUGUCCUGGCUUUGCCUAGGGCCGCCCCUCACACUCUCGGCGACCACGCGCUCAUUGCGCCUAUCCUGCGCGCUCCGGCGACUGCCUACAGCUACAACCCCAAGGAAGACCUGUCCGCGGGAGAGGAUGUCUGGGCCACCGGCUCUCAGCUGGCUCUCGUCUCCGCCAUGCAGACCCGUGCCUCCUCCCGCUUCACCCUGCUCGGCUCCGUUGAGAGUCUCCAGGACCAGUGGUUCUCCGCAACCGUCAAGGCGCCCAACGGAAAGGAGACCGGCACGGCCAACCAGGAGUUCGCCAAACAGUUGACUGCCUGGACCUUCAAGGAGACCGGUGUCCUUAAGGUUGGCAAGAUCGAGCACCACCUGGCUAAGGAUGACCUUACUGCCGAGGACCUGAACCCCACCAUCUACCGCAUCAAGAACGAGACCGUUUUCAGCAUUGAGAUCUCCGAGUACAGCCACGACCGGUACAUCCCCUUCGAGGUGCCCGCCAACGAUGCCCUGCAGCUCGAGUUCACCAUGCUUUCUCCCUUCCACCGCCUGAAGCUGGAGCCCACCGCCCGCACCGAGAACAGCACCAUCUACAGCACGCAGUUUACCGUCCCUGAUCAGCACGGUAUCUUCUCCUUCCGGGUCAACUACAAGCGCCCCUUCCUCACCAACAUCGAGGAAAAGCACGAGGUGACUGUCCGCCACUUCGCCCACAACGAGUACCCCCGCAGCUGGAAGAUCAGCGGAGGAUGGGUCUGGAUCGCCGGCCUGUGGUCUGUGAUCGGCGGGUUCCUGGCCUUUGUGUUCGUGUGGCUCUACUCGGAGCCCGCCUCGGCCAAGGUCAAGAAGACCCAGUAAAGUAAUGUAUCAUCUUAAAGAUCAGUAAAUGAAAUCUGCUGCACAAUGCACGUCUU